AUGGGCAAGCGCCUCUUCUAUCGCGCUUGCCGGGACGUCGCAGAAGGUGAGCCCGGGGAGGCUGAUCCAGAGGUCGUGCCACUAGCGCACAAGGUUGCCGGUGCACGCAGCGACACGGGUGGAGCCCAGACACGCGAGGACCUAGAGGAGCAUGUUAUCCGGGAGUGCGCUGAUGAGUUCAUAUCCGCAUUUGUGCCAGUGAGGAGGAACCUCCGGUGCGUGGAGAAGCAGGCGUUGGCAAUGUGCACGUCGCGGCCGCAGCGCGCUCAUAGCAUGGCCUCGUUGGUGCAGCAGACCACGCACACCUCGACCGCGUCCGACGAGCCCGUGGCGGCGCUGGCACUCCCGUGGCCAUCAAGCCCGCAACCGUCACGGCGGCCACUGCCCGGAGGCGCCGUCGCAGCCUUGGCAAGUGGGCGCCACGUGGCCCCCUGCAAGGCCUCCAACGCCAGCGGCCCCUCCGCCGCCGACCACGUGGGCGAUGUAGAGGAGCAGACGUGGGACAAGGUCGUCCUGGGGAGUGAGACGGCGGUGCUGGUCGAGUUCUGGGUGUCAUGGUGCGGACCGUGCCGCUUGAUGCACCCCAUCAUCGCAGACCUCGCCAAGGCCUAUGUUGGCAAACUGAGAUGUCUGAUGGUAGUAACGGACCAGAACCAGGAGGUGGCCAUGAGAUACGACAUCAGGAGCAUCCCCACCAUACUCAUCUUCAAGGAUUGCGAGAGGAAGGAGACGGUCACCGGCACCAUUGCAAACACGGCCUUGGCCGCCACAGUCGACAGGUUUUUGUAAGCAUACAUUAGAAAUUAUAAUUCUUUGUUCUUCCAUGCCCGAGAGCUUGCGAGUAGAAGGGUACUUUUGGCCCGGUAUGCGAAGUAUCUACACCCCAGCUCAAAUGCACCCUGAUGAACAGUAAAAUCAAAAAAAAGUAAACAAAAAUAAAAAAUUCUGAAAAACAAAUGUGCAAGCUUUGACACAUGUUUUAUGUGCUUGCAAAAAUUUAUCAUAAAAAAGUAUUCCUGAAAGUCGUGGUAAGAAAGCAAAUUCAAUACUUCAAAAUUGCUAUUGUUGAAAGCAUUUUGGAGUGUUGAUAUUUUUUUGUUUCAACAUGUGUUCGACAAAUAUUUUUUCGGGCUGAAAAUUUCCAUGCACUGAGAACAUUUGUGAAAGUUUGCACCAAAAUAAUUCUGAUUUGUUUGAAUUUUUUCACUUUUUCAGAAUUUACUGUUCACCCCGAGCUCAAAUGAGCUCAGGAGUAGAAGGGUACUUUUAGCCCGAAAGCCUUUUUUUUUUCAAAUUUUUUUACAGGGUUUUCCUAGAAGGAUUUGUUUUAACUGUUCUAGUGAACAUUUCCUAGAUAAUUAACUCAAUUAUGAUUAAUUAAUGAACUAGAAUCCAACAAAUCACUAAGGCCUCCUUUCCUUCAUAGGAAUUUUGUAGGAAUUCUAAAGGAUUGGAACUUUGUUGGAAAAAUUCCUUUGGAGCCCUUUGAUUUGUAGGAAUGGAUUCCUAUGCUUAUGUAGGAUAGAAAUCAAUCAUUCACAUUUCAGUGCAUCUAAUGGCGUCUUUUUUCCUAUAUGAAUUGAGAUGCACGUCAUCUCAUUUCCUAUGACUUUUCUAUUCCUAUCCUAUAUAGAAGUAUUUAUAACAUGUUGUAUUUAAUUUAAAUAUCAAUUGGCCUUAAAAUCCAAGAGGUGGAAGGAAUUAUUUGCCACAAGGGCCCAUAAAGAAGUGGCGUCCAGCAUGCCAUAAGGGGGGAGCGAAUUGGACAAGGGGGAGGCAUCCUCCUCCCCCUCCUAGG